AACAGAAGAUCUGGAGUUUGAUAUCACUGUUGGAAUGACACUGAAGCUCAGAAUGUCUGGAUCCCGAACACACUUUAACCACGUAUGGCUGAUGCAUCCCAAUCAGGAUGUGGUCUACCUGUUGUCACUGAGAUGGGAUUGGCCCACAGUUGGGGAAUUUAAGAUUAUCUUCAACACACGUCAAGCAAACAUUUGGGGUGAUGAGUUUCGGACCGACUUCACAGCAGACAUCUCCGACAACAACGUGGUAGAGAUAAUCAUAACAGAGACGUCUUUCCUGACUUACGUUGAUGGAACUCUGUGGAUGACGAACCCAAUCCGCUUCCCCCUGAGUGGUAUCCGACAUAUAGAGUUUGAUGGACUUACUGCCCUACAUGAAUUCACAAUCGGGAAGGGAAUGUGUUGAGGAAAGUGAAACACGCCAAUUCAGCUAUAUAUCUAAUCUGAGAUUUUUCGUUGUGGUCUUUUGUUUACCCUCGUCAAUGUUAAGAUGAGAUUGCAACAUUUCUCAUGCUCACGCCAGAUGGUUCUGACAAUGAUAGAAUUGACAUCAUGUUCUCCCAUCCACGCAAUGUGAUGGCCACUUGUGGAACUGCCUGAGGCGUGUUUCGACGUUGACGUUGUCAAGGUAGCGUACCGUGACGCGUGCUGUAUGUGAACGAGCGUUGUCAUGUUGGAACAACUUUCUCUGUUGGUUCAUAAUCGGAAGCAUAUGACCUGCAAGGGUUUCGCUGAUGUACCAUUUUGUUGUGAAAUUCCCCUUAACCACCACUAAAUCAGAUCUUUGUGUGUUUAAAAUAUUUCACUCCACACCAUGACACUGUCUCCACCGAGUUUGUCGACCUGUCAAAGGCAAUUAUGGGCAAUUGAUUUCUCCGACGGUAAACACGCUGUCUCCCAUGCCGCCGGUGAAGAGAAAUCGUGAUUCAUCUCUGAUCCAAUUUCUAAGGUUCUAGUUCCAGACCCUGCGGCAGCACCUCAAGCGAUUAUGCCGAUUGAAGUCUAUAGAAAGUGGCGACAACUGGCCUUCUUGGUUGAAUCACCACUUGAUUUGCACAGACAUCGUGGACAAUUCUGACCCAUAAUUUAUUUCAGUGGAUGUCGACAGGAAAAGGUCACGGCAUUUAGCAAACCAGUGGCUUGAUAUGAAAACCCGUCAAUUAAGUUAACACAGAAUGCUUUCGCCCACUUACAGUCGAUCUGUAUGGUUCUCUCCAAUACAAUUUUGGAGUGACAUUUAGAAUAUCGAUCCUGAAAGAGAUAUUCUGCGAUAUCCGGAGGGAUUUACAAAGUAUCGGUACACAUGUAUUAAUUAUUGAGACAUAUCUAGGUAUCAUAACACAUUGU